GGAAGCGCCGCCCGCGCUAUAAGGCGGCCGCGCCGCCGCCGAGCUUAAAGGGGCCGCGGCCUGCGUGAGGAGAUGUUUCCCACUGGGCUCUGGCUCUAGGAUGUUGGAGAACCAGGAGGAAGAGGUGACCACGGUGCGUGUCCAGGACCCCCGGGUGCAGAACGAAGGCUCCUGGAACUCCUAUGUGGAUUACAAAAUCUUCCUCCAUACCAACAGCAAGGCCUUCACUGCCAAGACCUCAUGCGUGCGGCGCCGGUACCGCGAGUUCGUGUGGCUGAAGAGGCAGCUCCAGAGGAACGCAGGCCUGGUGCCUGUGCCAGAGCUGCCUGGGAAAUCCACCUUCUUUGUGGGCAGCACAGAUGAGUUCAUUGAGAAGAGGAGGCAGGGGCUGCAGCAGUUCCUGGAGAAGGUUGUGCAGAACGUUGUGCUGCUGUCAGACAGCAGGCUGCACCUCUUCCUGCAGAGCCAGCUCUCUGUCCCCGAGAUCGAGGCCUGUGUGCAGGGCCAGGGUCCCCAGACAGUGACAGAAGCCAUCCUGCACUAUGCUAUGUCCAACUGUGGCUGGGCCCAGGAGGAGGAGAGCAGGCCCAAGCUGCUGCUGCCUGGAGGGGGUCUGCAUGCCAGCUCUGCUGGCCUGGGAAGCCCACAGGGGCCAAGCUGCCUGGAGACCCUCCCAUACUGGAGUGACUUCGGCGUGGAGGAUGCCCACUCGGACAGCCCGGAGGAGCCCGCGGAGCCCCUGGGCGGCCGGCGGGAGGUGCAGUGAGCGGCUCCAGCACCUCCCCUGCACCUUCCACCACCAGCCCUCGCUGCUAGAGGGAGCAAUGUUGAGCCAGGGAGGCGUCCAGGCUGCUGGGACUGGGGGACACAGCCUUGCCCUGGGCUCUGCUGCGGCUGGAGCUCGGCUGCUCUCUCCCUGCUGACUCUCCUUGAUGUCCCAGGCAGAGUCUUCCUCUUGCUCUUCCCUUCGGAGAAGGGCUCUAGUGGUUAGUGAAACCUGUGUUUGUUUUUCCCAUGGCCUUUGCACUCUCACUGGGGCAGCAGCAGGACUUGAUUAGGGGGCAGUGCCAGCUGGUCUUGGCGUGGGCCUGGCCUGGAGCGAGGGUGGGAGACGCUGGCCCCACCUCCAGCACGUCGGAGGGCAGCUUGCCUCGGUGGAGCAGGGGCUGGCUGCUGCCCAGGGGGGGAUCUCUCCAGCCCAUCUCCCUGUGUUCCUCAGGGAACAGGCCCUGACUCCCUGGUACCAGCCAUGGUGCAGCUCCUGGGGAGGGAGGGAAGGAGGGAGGGAGAGGGUGGUCUCAGCUGCGUGGAGCUGAAGCCCACCUCUGGGGUGCAGAUCCCAUAGCCACACCUGGGGCCUCCUGGCACAGCUUACCCAUGGGGACUGAGCUUUCCCCUGGCACUGGGGGGUACAGGAAUGGGUCAGAAGGGGGGAUGCAGUUUAUCUUCCCUACCCUUUUGAGGGGCUGCUCCUUCCAGAUGGGCUUCCAGGGUGGGCAUUCAGAGCCUGCCAGCCAGGGUCGAGUUUGCUCAGGAGGAAGGAGCCUGGAGAUGCCUCGGGGUUGGUGUCUGGCAGCACCUGGGGGGCUCUGGCUCCUCCUGAAUGCCUCUCCCUCUGCCCUGCACCUUUUUCCUACCCUCUCCACCUCAGCACUGGCGAAGGCAGAGCUGUGAUGUGCUCUGACUUGAAAUAAAAAGGAAGGCAGAAGAGCC